GCUACAGUAAAGUAGGACGUGUACGUAAAGUGGGGACGAUUCUCGAACCGGAAAUGUGUUGAACAGCGCUGAGAUGUUAUAGACGGACACCGAGUUUUAACCGAGUUUAAUCCUGAUUUUCUCACUUAUACAGUCACUGAUGUCUUCAGGGAACUAUGUCGAAAGAGUUGUUGUUGAACGCCGAAGAUCCUUCGCGAAUUAUAACUCCUACAGCGAUGAGUAACGACACAGGGAACAUGUCUAUCGAUCAGGACGGAGAGUGGGAUAUCAGUUUGUUUGAUGAGUUAGACGGCCUGGGAGAUGCGGAAGAGUUGCUGCAGGCGCUCUCAAACGGCUAUAUGGCCGGUGCUGACUUAGACAUGGAUCUACCUGUCUGGAGCUCUGACAUGUGGACAGACACCAGCAGCAUGUGUACAGAUGGAGACAUUUCUACAGAUUCGCUCUCUCCAGCCCACACAGUCUCUCUUUCAGUCUCCUCACCCGCAUCAACCGAGGCCUCUUCACCCUGCUCUCUACUUGAUGAAGCUCUGUCUCCACUCUCCACCCAGUCGCAGCACUCUCCACUCUCCAUCUGCUCAGACUAUAGCAGCUCUGUUGAACCUCCUCCUGAGAAGAAGCCAGUCAGGAAGACCAAUCAGAUAAAAGCUAAACCUGUUAUGAGACCCAUUCAUCUGAGCCCGAAAGUCUCCAUUCAGCCUAAGCCACUCAUCACAGCCCUGCCCAUCACUCAGACUGCAGCCCUGCAGACCAAAACCAUCAUCAUCCAGCCAGUGCAGGCUACCAUAGUGCCAGUGGUCAAACCCACACCGGUCACCAUUCAGCCGGCUCCCCCUGCAGGUCAUCCCACCCUGCUCUCUCAGCCCACCUCGGUUCUGCAGCUACAGCCUCCGCAGGUUGUUCCCGCAGCUACUCGGGUUCUAACCCUGCCCAGCAGGGCACAGGACAGGGCCACAAACCCACCCUCUCCUGCCACCCAACCGCCUGUCAUCGGCAUCCCUCUCCGGAUCAAUCCAUCAGACGAGGAUUUCAGUGUGUGCCGGCGGCAGCAACGCAUGAUAAAGAACAGAGAGUCUGCGUCUUUAUCACGGAAGAAGAAGAAAGAGUACUUGCUGACCUUGGAGGCCCGUCUGAAGGUUGCUCUGUCUGAGAACGAGAAGCUGAAAAAUGAAAAUGGGACAUUAAAAAGGCAGCUGGAGGGACUGCUGAAUGAAAACACCAUCCUGAAGGGAACUGCUCCAAAGAGACGGGCCGUGUGUCUGAUGGUGGUCCUUGUUUUCCUGGCAAUAAACAUUGUGCCGUUGAGUCUUUUUGAGCGCGAUGCAGACUCCAGGUUCGCAGCAGCCCCUAGUCCCAGUAGCAGACAUCUGUUGGGCUUCUCGUCAAAGAUGGACAGCAGCAUGGAGGCCAGUUUGCAGGAUUCUCUGUCUUCUAAUAAACUGGAGGACUUGGAAUCGAUGCCAGACGAUAAAGCUCUCAUGGUGGUUAAAAGAGAUCCUGUCUUCAGAACUCCUCCUCCUCCUCCUCCCUGCCAGCCUCCUGUAAACAGAACCAAGUGCAUAAAGAUGGCCAGUGAACUGAGGGGAUGGAUCCACCGACAUGAGGCAGAGCGCACUAAGAACCAGCGCAACAGCAGCACCCACGCAAGAGCCCGAACCAUCACGAGAAUGGCCAGUAAGAAGGCAGAAGUGCCACAGAUCGUGACUGUGCCGUACCCUGAAUCUUCUGAUAAGCAUUCAGGCAAUGAGCUACAGGUCUACUACGCCCCUCACCACACAUACAGCCAUUUUUUUGAUGAACUGAACCGAAGAGGAGACACUUUCUAUGUGAUCUCUUUCCGCAGAGAUCACCUUCUUCUUCCUGCCACCAACCACAACAGAGGAAGCAGACCGAAGAUGUCAGUUGUGCUGCCAGCAAUGAAUAUCAAUGAAAGUGUGAUAAAGGACAAGGAGAUUGAGGUGAUGAUGCAGAUCGACUGUGAGGUCAUGGACACCAGGAUCCUUCACAUCAAGUCCUCCAGUAUCCCACCAAUCCUGAAAGUCAAUGAAACUGAUGCUGAAUCGUUCUACCACUCUGCCCCUAGCACCAAUCAUGCUUCACCCUCAGUUGGAGUACUUAUGGGUUCUGCUUGACCACAGAAGCCCACUGCUUCAGAAGAGCUUUGUCAUUAGUUAUCUAUUAAUGACCGUUUUUAUUGGACACAUUUUGUCUAUUUGACCUGUGAAAAACAAACCAAUUUUUGAAUUUGAUUUAAGAAGAGCAUGGACCAAGUAUUGCCCCUUGAGGAACACCAUCCCACAUAUUACACUUUCACCAACUUCUUAAGCUGUAAGCAUUAAAGCUCUCAGGAAACAAUAACUAGUUUGUGAUCAGUCUGGUCUGAUUGAAUUCAUGUAUGUUUUGUAUUGAUCUCUGUGGGUUUGGCUUAUACUGAUUUAAUUUUAGUUUUGGUUUGAACUUGGUUUGUAAAUAUUUGUAGUAGUGUCCUAAUGAAGUUUUAUUGUUUCAGCUUGUACAAUAUAUACAAUAUACAUUGUACAUAUACAGGCUCAUUUUAUGUUCUUUAUUUUUAUGAUUAAAAAUAUAUAUUUAUAAAUAUUGUAUGUGAUUAAAAGAAAAGAGAAUUACCUGGAACAUGUACUUUCUAUUGCCUUAGAAGAAAAGGGUUCACAUUAGAAGAUAAACUACUGGAGAGAAACUGCUUAUUCACUGCAUCACUUUAAAAAAAUUGAUAUGAUCUUGCUAUGGAAAAAUGUUUUUUCACAAAAAUUGUCAUGAUGAUGCAAUACUUCAAAUAAACACUGGACUGUUUGAAUAUGA